GUCUCAGGCUGGAGGAUAAAAGCUCUCUGCUCCCUCACUGCAGACACACUCUGUUGAUCUCAGUCCAACUGCUCGCCUGAACUCGAAGGAUUUACUUACCUACACUACGUACCGCUCUCUGACAUCCACAUCAACUAUGUGCAAAGGACUAGCUCUGUCUUCCACCUGCCUAGAAAGGGCCAAGGAACUGAAAUCAAGAAUGGUCAACUUUCUGCAAAAAUCCAACUGGAGUCUAUCAAGCUGCAAAAUAGGCAAAACUAGACCUACUCUGGAAGAAUGCAUGAGGUGGAAAGAGUCUUUUGAAAAGCUGCUGUCCAAUAAAUAUGGACUGAUAGCCUUCACAGAUUUCCUGGUGUCAGAGUUCAGUGAGGAAAACAUUGCGUUCUACUUUGCCUGUGAGGACUUCAGGAGCACUAAGUCUGCUGCCAAGCUGGCCGCCAAAGCCCAGAGAAUCUAUGAUGAGUUCAUCUGCACCGACGCCCCCCGAGAGGUGAACAUUGACCAUGAGACUCGUGACAUCACCAGGGCCAACCUGAAAGAUCCAUCUACGUCCUGUUUCGACAUGGCCCAGCACAGGAUCUAUCUUCUCAUGGCAAAGGACUGCUACCCUCGCUUCCUCCGUUCCCCGGCUUACAAAGACCAUAUCAGCCAGCUCUGUGCCAAGUGCACAUCCACCUCCAAGAAGGCGUGAACUAGUAGCAGUGGACCUAGUGUGGUCAUCUAAAGUUUGAACAGAAAAGGAACUUAUCGUCGUUGAACGUUGACCAGGCAUGAAGCCUUAAGAUGGGAAUGUCUACAGAUGGAGGUGGACAGAUGUCUCGUCAUGAGCGGACAAGAGAUGGGGAAAUGCUGAUGCCAGCUAUUUUGAAAGAUGAAGACUGUCAAUCACCAUAGAGCUCUGAAGGAGGGAAAGAGAAAGAGAAAAGACAGACGGGGUGAUACCCCAUAUGGACAGAAGUUGGGACAAGAACCGAGAUGGCAAUAUCACCACAUGAUGUGGACUAUCAUUAGUGAAUGUACGGAGAUACAGAGUGGGCUGAAGAAAGUGUGUAAAGGAUGCAUUGACAAUGAGUUGGACUUUAACAAUCAAAGGUACACUGAUAUAGUGUCUCAUUCUAUUGCAUCAAUGUCUAACUGUGUUCGUAACUAGACAUGUUUUCAAGGUUGGGUAUGUUACUUUGUAAAUGUAAUCCAUUACAGUUACUUGUCCAAAAUUGUAAUCAGUAAAGUAACUUUUGGAUUACAUUUAGAUGACUUUCCCCUUAAGAGGCUUUAGAAGAAGACAAAAGGGAUCCAUCAAACACAUUUGGUGUGUCAUCAUAGGGGUCUCUGACUUGUGGUCAGAAUCACUAAGGUGGAACAAUUAAACUUGAGCCUUUUUUCAAUGCUGAAUUGAUUGUCAUUGAGAAAACAAAAAGGUGUAAAUGUAUUUUUCCUCAAACAUCCUUGCUGAAUUCAAAAGUAAUCUGUGAAGUAAUCAUCGAGUUCUUACAAAGUACCUGUAAUCUGAUUAUAAUAGUUUUGCUGGUAACGUACUGUAACUGAUUACAGUUGCAGUUUGUAAUCGGAUUACAUGUAAUUGAUUGCAUGUAAUCAGUUACUCCCGAACCCUGCAUGUUUUCUACAUGCAAAUGAGUAUUUAUACUAUUUAUUUGUUUCUACUCGGUUCUGUUGUCUCUAUGUGUUAAAUAAUGUAUUUAACAAGACAAAGAGAGGAAGAAAAAACUGUGCAAUAUAUUUAUACUGUUGUCUGAUACUGUUGUUGUUUUUACAUCACAGAAAGAAUAUGCUAAGUUAUUUGAAUAAAAAACGAAUAUUUGAAUAUUGAAA